AGUCAUCAUCACUCGGCCGGUUACACUCAAACUCCAUAACAUCAUAGUCGGACGAUCUGCGCCUUGGGGUAAUAUUUUAUUCGACUUGAUAAGACGCGAACGCGGCCACACCCGGCAUUCCAUAACUUUCGCUGCAUCCUCAUUUUAAUUCUCGACUCGUCAACGCUUCAAAAUGAACAAACUACCAAUAGACCUAGUCAUGACUCGGUUCGCACAUACGCUCCAGACUGGCUUGCUGCCCGACCAAGUCUGGAUGGUCAUUAGCUGGAUAGCCUUCUUUUUUAAACUAGCCAGCUUAUCUUUCGCCGUCCCUAUUCUAGGCCUAGUCGUUUUCGACUUCUGUCUUUGGAUCUAUCGACUGAACCAACCUCAACCUCAGAACGCCUCACGAACAAAUCGCAUUUCGCGCAAAGCUACCGGUCAUAGCGUUAACCCAACGUCACCCGCAAGUGACAUUGGCUCCGCAACAGCUCUGGCUGCUAAUUCAACUACGAGUCAGAGGCGUACCGUUUACUCGGAUCAUGCGAGCGACUAACCCGAAAAUACCUAAUACCUAGUCCGCUACAACAACAUAAUUGCGAC